AUGCUAUCUCCAGACGCAGACCCAGCUGAGACUAUGCGCCUGGCCGUAGAACGAUUUCGCACCAAAAUGGAGUCUUCGAAUCGGCGAUUCCUGCAGGACCGUAUCGAUGAGAUUGAAGCCAUGGGCCUGUCUACGGAAGAACAGAAAUUGAACGAAAUGUGGGUGUACUGGCACGAUUUAGGUGCCGGAGGCGAGGCGAGUUGGAAUGAUUGGGCCGCUCUAGAACCUGUCCGACAAUCUUGCGAGGCUAGAGCAGUUACCCGGCUGAAAGAUGUUGGUUCAGUCUUCCAUCAACAUAUGGAUGGAAUUAUCCCACCAUCGCUGGUCACCAAUGAAUGGCGCCAAAUGUUUCUGGAGGUUGUGGAGCAUGUGUGUAACGAGGCAGCCGCGCAGGAUGAAGCUGGCGAGGACUUCCGAGUUCCAAUGUGUCACGAACUAGGCCAUUUUAUCAAAUUUGCCAACGGUGUCCAAGAUCCAGAUUUUCGCGCCUCUGGUAUCUGUCCGUUUACACCAGUGAGCCGGAUUGGGAUCCGACAAUAUGCAUUUCCAGAUCGCCCAGGAGUCCGGGCACUAUCUUCUCCCGAUAUCUCGGAAUCACGGGAAAUAUUGAAAGAAUGCCUACAAGCGGAUAUUCUUCAAGAUGAUUUUAUUCAAGGCAUUGUGGAUAAAGACCUAGAGGUCAAGGUUGGAUUUGAUACCGGUCUCGGCUGUCGACGAGCACACGACGAAUGGCAUAGUGCUUAUCUCUAUUGUCGGUCUGACGGUGAAUCUGCAACAACUCUGAAGGACUGGGCAUGGCGUGUUGUAAUCUUCCGGGCGGAUGGUGAAAACCCGACUACUCUGUAUGGUCGGGAGCCGCGAUUUGAUUCAAUUCCUGAGUUCUUAGAUUGGUACAGCAGUUGGCUGGAUUAUGUUGAUAUGGAUGAGGUUCGGAAAAGUGUCUCGGGCCUUUGGGGCGAUGAUGAUGGUUCCUCGGACUCGGAAUGA